AUGGAACCAGCCCUCCUCAUUAACACCCUCAUAAUUCUCACACUACUCGUCAUCCUAACCCCCAUUCUCCUACCUCUCCUAUCAAAAACAAUAAAAACCACCCCAACCCUAAUUACACAUACCACUAAAACAGCUUUCAUCAUUAGCCUAGCCCCUAUGUCCCUAUUUAUAUGGACAAACACAGAAAGCAUCACAUCCUACUGAGAAUUAAAGUUCAUUAUAACAUUCAAAAUCCCCCUCAGCUUUAAAUUCGACCAAUAUUCCAUAAUAUUCUUCCCGAUCGCUUUACUCGUCACGUGGUCAAUCCUACAAUUUGCAACAUGAUACAUACACCUGGAACCCCACAUUACAAAAUUUUUCUCAUACCUAUCAAUAUUCCUAAUCGCCAUGCUAACCCUCACAGCAGCUAACAACAUAUUCCUCCUAUUCAUUGGCUGAGAAGGAGUAGGCAUCAUAUCUUUCAUGCUGAUUGGGUGAUGGUAUGGCCGAGCAGAUGCUAACACAGCUGCCCUCCAAGCCGUACUAUACAACCGAAUUGGCGAUAUCGGCUUAAUUCUAACCAUAGCAUGACUCGCCCUGACCUCCAACACCUGAGAAAUACAAACCUGCCCGACCCACAUACAGACACUACCACUCCUAGGACUCAUUCUAGCCGCCACGGGAAAAUCAGCCCAAUUUGGCCUCCACCCGUGACUACCUGCAGCCAUGGAGGGCCCAACACCUGUCUCCGCCUUACUUCACUCCAGCACCAUAGUAGUAGCCGGAAUUUUCCUAUUAAUCCGCACCCAUUACAUAUUAGAAACCAACCAACUUGCUCUCACCCUAUGCCUAUGCCUAGGAGCUCUCUCCACCCUAUUCGCCGCCACCUGUGCCCUCACACAAAAUGACAUCAAAAAAAUUAUCGCCUUCUCCACCUCCAGCCAACUAGGACUUAUGAUAGUUACCAUUGGACUAAACCUCCCACAACUAGCCUUCCUUCAUAUCUCAACACACGCUUUCUUCAAAGCCAUAUUAUUUUUAUGCUCAGGAUCAAUCAUCCACAACCUUAAUGGAGAACAAGACAUUCGAAAAAUGGGCAACCUCCAAAAAAUAUUACCAACUACCACCUCCUGCUUUACCAUCGGCAACCUAGCACUCAUAGGCACCCCAUUCCUAGCUGGAUUUUACUCAAAAGAUGUAAUUAUCGAAAACCUUAACACCUCCUACUUAAACACCUGAGCACUACUACUCACACUCCUAGCCACGGCAUUCACCGCAACUUACAGCAUACGCAUAACCUUAAUAGUACAGACAGGGCAAACCCGAACUAACCCUGCAAUUAUAAUAGACGAAAAUAACCCUUCGAUCACCCAACCCCUCACCCGCCUUACAUUAGGCAGCAUCAUAGCAGGACUACUCAUCACAUCAUACAUCACUCCGACCAGCAUCUCACCAAUAACUAUACCAACCCUUACCAAAACAGCUGCCAUAACCACCACCAUAAUAGGACUCAUCCUAGCCCUAGAACUCUCAACCCUAACACACAAUUUCUAUCACCCAAAACAAACCCCAUAUAUAAAUUUCUCCUCCUCCCUAGGCUACUUCAACCCACUCACACAUCGCCUUAACAUCACCAAACUCCUAAACAACAGCCAAAAAAUUGCAACCCACCUUGUAGAUUUAUCCUGAUACAAAAAAAUAGGCCCAGAAGGCCUCACCGACUUCCAAUUAAAACUAACCAAAACAUCAACAAUCCUACACACCGGACUAAUCAAAACUUACUUAACAUCAUUUGCACUAUCAACCCUAAUCAUCCUAUCUACACAAUAA